AUGAGUCAUUUUCGAGGAUCAUCAUUUCCUGGUUUUCUACUACCACUAACUUUGGUUUUGAGUUGUUUGUUACUAUGUCACGGAGGCACAACUAGUACUUUUGUCAGGAAUGUUCAGAAGGGCAUUACUAUGCCACUUGAUAGUGAUGUGUUUUCUGUUCCUUCUGGUUAUAAUGCUCCCCAACAGGUUCAUAUAACACAAGGUGAUCUUGUUGGGAAAGCAGUGAUUGUGUCGUGGAUAACCGAAGAUGAACCCGGGUCAAACGCAGUGCGUUACUGGAGUGAGAACAGCAAGCAGAAAAAGAAGAUAGCUAAAGGUGAAUUUGUUACUUAUAGAUUCUUCAAUUACUCAUCUGGUUUUAUUCAUCACACUACUAUAAACAAUUUGGAGUACAACACUAAAUAUUAUUACGAAGUUGGACUUGGAAACACAACAAGACAGUUUUGGUUUAUGACUCCUCCUGAGAUCGGUCUCGAUGUGCCAUACACGUUUGGUCUCAUAGGUGAUCUUGGUCAGAGUUAUGAUUCAAACAAGACACUUUCUCACUAUGAAUUGAAUCCGAAAAACGGGCAAACAGUGUUGUUUGUCGGAGAUCUCUCUUAUGCAGAAAACUUCCCGUACGAUGUCAAUCUUAGGCGGGAUACUUGGGGAAGGUUUGUCGAAAGGAGCGUGGCUUAUCAACCUUGGAUAUGGACAGUAGGAAACCAUGAAAUUGAUUUCGCACCAGAAAUCGGCGAAACUGAACCUUUCAAACCUUAUUCGAACAGAUACUAUACUCCUUAUAAAGCAUCACAGAGUACUUCCCCUUUUUGGUAUUCUAUCAAAAGAGCUUCAGCACAUAUCAUUGUGUUGGCCUCGUAUUCUGCAUACGGAAAAUACACACCGCAGAACCAAUGGUUCGAACAGGAGCUACUGAAAGUUAACAGAACAGAAACUCCUUGGUUGAUUGUUGUAAUGCAUGCACCUUGGUACAACAGCUACAAUUAUCAUUACAUGGAAGGGGAAACAAUGAGAGUAAUGUAUGAGCCAUGGUUUGUUGAGUACAAGGUUGAUGUUGUGUUUGCUGGACAUGUGCAUGCAUACGAAAGAACGGAACGUGUGUCGAAUAUUGCAUAUAAUGUUGUAAAUGGUAUAUGCACUCCUGUGAAAGAUCUAUCGGCUCCGGUAUACAUAACCAUCGGAGAUGGCGGGAAUGUGGGACGGUUAGCAACCAACAUGACAGAACCACAGCCGGAAUACUCGGCAUUCAGAGAGUCUAGCUUUGGACAUGCCAUUUUCGACAUAAAGAACAGAACACAUGCUCAUUUUAGCUGGCAUAGAAAUCAGGAUGGUUAUUCUGUUGAGGCUGAUUCCCUUUGGCUUUUUAACAGAUUUUGGCACCCACUUGAUGAUUCCACACCUCAUGUUUCCCAUUGA